AAAUCAACCAACAAUGUCAAAGCGUGGUGCAUCUGAUGACUUAGAAAGUCAUAACAAGAAGACCCCAAAUGAUCCUGCUCCAAUUACGGAAGAAAAUGACCUUGAUGUAGGUGAAUUUGAAGAUCCUUAUGGGGAUGAAUUUGAAAGUGAUGGAGAAAUUAUUGAAUUAGAUGAUAAUGAAGAUGAGGAAAUGGAUGAAGAAGCCGCCAAUGAAAAGAUUGAAAAAUUGGAACAAAUGGAAGAACAAGAAGAAUCAUCGAUAUAUUUGCCACAUAGAUCAAAACCAUUAGGACCAGAUGAAGUUUUAGAAGCUGAUCCAUCAGUUUAUGAAAUGUUACAUAAUAUUAAUUUGCCAUGGCCAUGUUUAACUGUUGAUAUAUUACCAGAUAACUUAGGUGAUGAAAGAAGAUCAUUCCCUGCUUCAGUGUAUAUGGCAACUGCUACUCAAGCAUCUAAGGCAAAGGACAAUGAAUUAAUAGUAAUGAAGGCAUCCUCUUUAGCUAAAACCUUAGUUAAGGAUGAAGACGAAGACGACGAGGAAGAUGAAGACGAAGAUGUUGAUUCUGAUCCUAUUUUAGACAGUGAAACCAUUCCGUUAAGACAUACUACUAAUAGAAUUAGAGUAUCACCACACGCACAACAAACAGGAGAAUAUUUAACUGCAACCAUGUCAGAAAAUGGUGAAGCAUAUAUUUUUGAUUUAUCUGCACAAUAUAAAGCAUUUGACACACCAGGUUACAUGAUUCCUAAAUCUUCCAAAAGACCAAUCCACACCAUCAGAGCCCAUGGUAAUGUCGAAGGGUACGGUUUAGAUUGGUCACCAUUGAUAAAUACUGGAGCUUUAUUAACUGGUGAUGUAUCAGGUAGAGUACAUUUAACUUCAAGAACUACUUCCAAUUGGGUCACUGACAAAACACCAUUUUUUGCAUCCCAACAUUCAAUUGAAGAUAUUCAAUGGUCAACUGGUGAAAACACUGUUUUUGCUACAGCAGAUACUGAAGGAUAUGUUCGUAUUUGGGAUACCAGAUCUAAAAAGCAUAAACCAGCUAUUUCAGUAAAGGCUUCUAAUACUGAUGUUAACGUUAUUUCAUGGUGUAACAAGAUUAACCACUUAUUAGCUUCCGGUCAUGAUGAUGGUUCAUGGAGUGUUUGGGAUUUAAGAAACUUUACUGCCAAGACCAACCCAACUCCAGUUGCUAACUAUGAUUUCCAUAAAUCAGCGGUUACUUCUAUUUCAUUUAACCCAUUGGAUGAAUCCAUCAUUGCUGUUUCUUCAGAAGAUAACACUGUUACGUUAUGGGAUUUAGCAGUUGAAGCUGACGAUGAAGAAAUCUCCACCCAAAGAAAAGAAAUAAAAGAAUUGAAUGAUAUUCCACCUCAAUUGUUAUUUGUCCAUUGGCAAAGGGAUGUUAAGGAUGUCAGAUGGCACAAGCAAAUACCUGGUUGUUUGAUAUCCACUGGUGGUGAUGGUUUAAAUAUUUGGAAGACAAUUUCUGUAUAGUAUUAGUACUUGUUCUUUUGAGCUUGUAUAGUUUCAAUAUGAUUAAUCUUAGACUCAAGUUGAGAUAACAUUUCUUCGAAUUGUAGCCACUUCUUGUUUUCCUUGAUCAUUAAUUGGACAUAUUCCUCAUAGACAAUCAUAUUCUUCAUAAUAAGCAUAGUCAUUAACUCAUUUAUACGG